GCGCGAGAUGAGGCCGUGUGGCAAUAUGUCUGUCCCCAAGGUCGUGACUCUUUGGGUCUCCGGAUCGCCACUCAUACGACGCAGCAACAUUGAGCUGAACGUACGCGAUGAAGACUCUACUGUGUUUUAUAAGCGCUUGCGCAUUUGCGCAAGCUCAAUUCGGCAGUUUCAACAGUGGACGGAGUUCAAAUGCUUUCGGAAAUUCGCGCCUCCAGGCACAGUCAAACGCUUUUGGAAACUUCGGAAACACACGCACCCAAACUCAGGCCAGCGCGUUUAGCAGUUUUGGAGGUCAAAGCGAAUCGGCCUUUGGCCGCCAAUCUGGGUUCCAACAGACCACCGCAAGCACUCGGAGCAGUCAAUUCCACCAGCAACCAGCCAGGACUAGUGCUGGCUCCUGCAAGGAGUUGAAUGAACGCUAUCCUGUGUCUGGGAGCUGUGAUCGAUACAUUGAGUGCAUAAACGGAACAGCCGAAGAAAAGACCUGCCCAGACGGUUUGCUGUUCAAUGCUAACGUGCUCUUUACAACUUAUCCUUGUCAAUACCCCAAUGAAGUCCAAUGCCUUGAACGUUCAGCUUUGCAGCCUGCUCAACCGACGGAGGACUGUCCCCAUCAGUUUGGAUACUUCAAGUUGGGUGAUGCGAGGAACUGCAGUGGUUUCAGGAACUGUGUGAAUGGUGUAGGCUAUGACUUCACGUGCCCCGAGGGACUGGCCUUCAGCGCGGAGAGCUACCGCUGCGAAUGGCCCGAUGAAGUCGCCGAUUGUGAUGCCGAAGCUUUCCUUGGCUUCCGCUGCCCUGAGGUGCCAAUAUCUAAAGAACUUGGCCCACCUGCUGGCUACAGAUACUAUAGGUCCGAUACGAACUGCCAGAAAUAUUUCAUUUGCAUCGAAGGCCGUCCUCGCGCGCUGAGCUGCGGCGGCGAAUCCGGCUUCGACGACCUUACCUCCACUUGUGUCUCAGCCGACGAGGUGGCGGCUUGUCCCCAGGACCUCCGCGCCGCCGCCGCCAGGGCCAGGGACGAAGAGAACCAACGACUCGCCAAAGAAAUAUCUUUCAAUGCACGCCAGCUACAACAAAAAAGACGAUUCUAAUACACAAACAAUAUAGUUACAGUCAAGGUACAAGAUAUAAAAUUU